GAGGCGUGUUCUUCCGUGUGCCUUGUUCCCCUGCUCUCUGUUCCUCUCCGUUGCGAGCAAGCUGAAAGAUUGGUCUGAUGUGUUUUGAUCUCUGCUGCCAGGGACCCUAGGGCAAUGCCAGCGAUCUACAACGUGGCGACAUGGCUCCAUCUUUGGAAUUCUGAUAAAUGCUGAAAACCAGCUGAGACAUACAGGAACUACUGUUUUCUUCAACUCUCCAUUGGUACAGUCAUUGAUUUACUAGUGGGACCACAUUCUGUGAGCCAUUCUUACCUAUCCACUUUCUGCAUACUUAGAGAGAUCCAUGCUCUGAGUUCUGUUCAUCUGGAAAACUUUUACUAAUACAGAAUGCAGUGACUUAUGAGGACCUGCAUGUGAACUUCACUCAAGAGGAGUGGGCUCUGCUGGAUCCUUCUCAGAAGAAGCUCUACAAACAUGUCAUGCUGGAGACCUACAGGAACCUCAAUGCUAUAGGCUUUAAUUGGGAAGCCCAAAAUAUUGAAGAACAUUGUCAAAGUUCUAGAAGACACAGAAGGUGUGAAAGGAGUCAGAGUGCAGAGAAACCCUCUGAAUAUACUCAACGUGAUAAAGCCUUUGCUUUAUCUGCUCACAGUCAUGCCCAAAGGCAUGAAAGGAUUCAUACAGAAAAGAUCCCCUCUGAAGAUAUUCACUGUGUCGAAGACGUUUUACCUUACACUAGUCUCCAAGUACAUAAAAGAACACAAACUGGACAGAAACCCUAUGAAUGUAAACAAUGUGGUAAAGGAUUUGCAAAGCCCAGUCAUCUUAAAAGGCACGAAAGAUAUCAUACUGGAGAGCAACCCUUCACAUGUAAUGAAUGUGAUAAAGUCUUUUCUUUUAAACAUCAUCUCCAAACACAUAUAAGCAUACGUACUGGAGAGAAACCCUUCAAAUGUAAUCUGUGUGAUAAAUCCUUUUCAAAACAUAAUCAUCUUCAAAGUCAUAGAAGAACACAUACUGGAGAGAAACCCUACAAAUGUGAUCAAUGUGAUAAAGCCUUUUCUGAGAAAUGUAAUCUCCAAACACAUAUAAGGAUACAUUCUGGAGAGAAACCCUACAAAUGUGAUCAAUGUGAUAAAACCUUUUCUGAGAAAUGUCAUCUCCAAAAACAUAUAAGGAUACAUACUGGAGAGAAACCCUACAAAUGUAAUCAAUGUGAUAAAGCCUUUUCUCAAUACAAUACUCUUAAAACUCAUAGAAGAACACAUACUGGAGAGAAACCCUACAAAUGUAAUCAGUGUGAUAAAGCCUUUUCUCAAUACGGUCAUCUUCAAACUCAUAGAAGAACACAUACUGGAGAGAAACCCUACAAAUGUAAUCAGUGUGAUAAAGCCUUUUCUCAAUACAAUACUCUUAAAACUCAUAGAAGAACACAUACUGGAGAGAAACCCUACAAAUGUAAUCAGUGUGAUAAAGCCUUUUCUGAGAAAUGUAGUCUCCAAAGACAUAUAAGGAUACAUACUGGAGAGAAACCCUACAAAUGUAAUCAGUGUGAUAAAGCCUUUUCUCAAUACAGUACUCUUCAAACUCAUAGAAGAACACAUACUGGAGAGAAACCCUACAAAUGUAAUCAAUGCGAUAAAGCCUUUUCUCAAUACAGUAAUCUUCAAACUCAUAGAAGAACACAUACUGGAGAGAAACCCUACAAAUGUAAUCAGUGUGAUAAAGCCUUUUCUAUGAAAUGUAAUCUCCAAAACCAUGUAAGGAUACAUACUGGACAAAAACCCUUCAAAUGUAAUCAAUGAGAUAAAGCCUUUUUCCAAUACUGUCAUCCUCAAAUUCAUAGAAAAACACAUACCUAAGAGAAACCCUUCAAAUUUAAUGAAUGUGAUAAAGCCUUUUCCCAGCAUUAUAAUCUACAAAUUCAUAAGAGAAGACAUACUAGAGAGAAACCUUACAAGUUUAUUCAGUGUGUGUAAGUCUUUUCAAAAUAUUUUCAUCUUCAAAAAAUAAAAGAAUCCACACUGGAGAAAAAAGCUACGAAGGAAUUGGAUUGUGAGCAAAUUUUUUACAAUUUACAUUUCUGAAUGUAUAAGUGAACGUACUGAAGAGAAAGACUAUGGAUGUGAUCAUAGUCUUAAUCGUCAUGAACAUAUUUUAGGGGCCAGAAUCUUUCUGAGUAUAAGGAAUGUGGAAAAAUCUAUGCCAGGCAGUUAUCUCCUAAUGCAGCCUGGAGCACAUACUGCAGAGACAGAGAGAGAUAGAGAGAUACAGAGAGAGACAGUAUAAAUAUACACAAUGUGGUAAACCUUUGCGUAUCACAGUUAUCUUUGAAUACAUAAAAGAGCACAAAUAUAUCUCAGAAUUCAUAAAAGAAGACACUGAAGAGAGAAACUGUGUGAAUAAUGUGGUAAGGCCUUUGCAGUUGACAUUGACAUUGAUCUCAUCAUGUAUAAAUUAACACAGACUUGUAAGAAAUCUCAUAAAAAUAAAAAUAAGAAAUGUCGUAA